GUUUAAUGUGAGCCCAUCAAUGAUCAGCUGUGAUGGUAUGGUACUGGAUGUUCCAGCAAUUGUUGACAAGGAAGGAAACAGGAUUCCCAUAACGGACAAGAGAGCCAUACGACAAAAGGAACUGAAUGAGCCUCCAUCUGGUGACAUAUACUGCGCUGUGGUGAUAAUGGCAAGAGAGAGGAGUGCUGACAAACAGAAUGUCUGUCAUAUGGACGAUGUUGGCACAUUCUUUCUUGAAUUGAUGGAGAAAUGUCGUGAACGUGGACUGAACAUCGCUGAACAGCCACUUAUACGAGUCUACGAAAGAACGGAUGCGACUAAUUUUGAACAAUAUGUGGAUGAUGCUCAAGAGCGAUUUAAGAGGAUGCAAAAUGGGAGGCAAAGAAUCCUUUUGCUGUUAGUUAUAAACGACCGUAAUGAUUCGUAUGGCAAUCGUGGAGGAGCUUACGGGCUCAUAAAAUCGGUAUGUGACAAUAAGUAUGGUAUUGCUAGCCAGGUUAUAGAUGCUUCUACUCUAAAGUCAGCAGUUCAAAACACUAAAAAGACUGUCUACUACAAUAUUGCACUCAAAAUAAAUGCCAAACUUGGAGGAGUGAAUCAGGCAGUCCUGUUCAAGAAUGAAACUUCUGAAGCAGAAGCGAAAGAUUCAGUGAUGUAUGUCGGAAUAGACGUCACACAUCCAACUGCUAACAGCGGCAUUGACAUCUCGAUCGCUUCCAUGGUGGCAAACUUUGACUUGGCUGCUACUAGGUACACCAACGAGAUUUUUGCGCAAAUGAAAGGAAAGGAAACCGUCGAAUGUUUCGAGAGGCAGUUUUGUCGACUGAUGACUAAAUUUCAUGAGCACUCAAAGGUAUGGCCUCGUCAUAUAGUUAUCUUGCGGGAUGGUGUUAGCGACUCUGAAAUGCUACGCACUGCAUUCAUCGAGCUGAAAUGGAUCAGAGACUCAUGGAAGAAAAUGACGACGAUAAGUAACGAUGAUUUGGCUCUUGACGUGACCUAUACUUACAUAGUGAUUCAAAAACGGCAUGUGACACGAUUCUAUCAACCUUCGAAGGACGAGAGGGGACAAGACAGAUACGUGAAUGUGCCAUCGGGAACAGUUGUCGAUAAUGUUGUUGUUUCACCGCAACUGUUUGACUUUUACCUAGCAUCACAGAUCGGAGCCAUUGGUACAACUCGUCCAGCUCACUACACCGUUGUGCUUGAUGAGUGGGGUAUGAGCUCGGAUCAGAUCUACGAGAUGUGUUAUCGGUUGUGUUUCCUUUAUGCAAGAUGUAGGAUACCCGUAUCGUUGCCAUGCCCUGUUUAUUAUGCUCAUCUCGUUUGUGAGAAAGCGAAAGAAGUCUAUAAAACACUAUGCAAUGAGCGCAGAUUCGACCAAUUCGCAGAGGAUGCAGAAGGAGAUGCCCUGAAAAAGAAUGCUAUAGAGAGUUAUUUGGCUGUACAUAAGGAUUACCCGGGAAUGCAUUUUGUCUAGUUUGCAGUAGAGUGGAUAUCUUGGGCUGUAUCUAUAAGUGUUGCUUACAUAUAAUAAUCCGAAAAGUAGUAUAGUCGACUAACAAAGUGCAAAUGUUGCUCUAUUUGAGAAAUUACUAUCUCUUGACUGUUUGUGAUGAGCUGAUCUUGUGCUAAGUCUUUUAUGUAUUAUACCUCAAAAUUUUCCUGUCCCAUAUUGUUAUGUUGUCA